AUGAUAGCAAUCGAAACCACCAACACAGAGGAAACAACUGAAGUCACUGAUACAGAAGGAACAAUCGGAACCACCAACACAGAGGAAACAACUGAAGUCACUGAUACAGAAGGAACAAUCGGAACCAACUACACAGAAGGAAUAAUCGGAACCACCUACACAAAAGGAGUAAUCGGAACCACCGAUACUAAGGGAACAAUCGAAACCACAUACACAGAAAGAACAAUCGAAACCACCGAUACUAAGGGAACAAUCAAAACCACCGAAAAAGAGGAAACAACCGAAGUCACUGAUACCGAAGGAACAAUCGGAACCACCGAUACUAAGUCAACAAUCAAAAACACCGAAAAAGAUGAAAUAACCGAAACCACCAACACAGAGGAAACAACCGGAACCACUGAUACAGAGGGAACAACGGAACCGACAGUAAUAACAGUAACAGGAGAAACAUCGAGAUUAACUGCAGUGUCAACAGAAACAUCAAGAUUAACGGCAGUGUCAGCAGAAACAACUGAAGCAGAAACAUCAACAGUAACAAAUGGCACGACUGUAGCAAUAACAGUAUCUACAGAAUCAACAAGAAAAACUGAAGAAACAACANCGACAGUAAUAACAGUAACAGGAGAAACAUCGAGAUUAACUGCAGUGUCAACAGAAACAUCAAGAUUAACGGCAGUGUCAGCAGAAACAACUGAAGCAGAAACAUCAACAGUAACAAAUGGCACGACUGUAGCAAUAACAGUAACAGGAGAAACAUCAAGAUUAACGGCAGUGUCAGCGGAAACAACUGAAGCAGAAACAUCAACAGUAACAAAUGGCACGACUGUAGCAAUAGCAGUAUCGACAGUGUUAGCAAGAACGACUGAAGCAGAGACAUCAACAGUAAGAAAUGGCACGACUGUAGCAAUAGCAGUAUCGACAGCAUCAACAAAUAUACCUGUAGCAACAACAAUAUCAUAUACAUCUACAGCAACACCGACAGCGUCGACAUCUACAGCAGCACCGACAGCGUCGACAUCUACAGCAACACGGACAGCGUCGACAUCUACAGCAACACCGACAGCGUCAACAUCAACAAUCCUGACAACAACGUCAUAUGAGAAACCGCCUGAGACAAAUAAUAAUAAUGACCUUCAACAGGAGAAUUUACGUUUGAAGUUAGGGUUAGGCACUGGCUUGGGGCUUGGUGUGUUGGCAACAACUUCACUGGCAGUUGGAUUAUAUAUUCAUUAUAAUAGAGGUGUAUCCGGAGAACAGAAAAAUAACAUAGGAAAGAACAAUAAUAGUCAAAUUUCACCAAAGAACCCACCAGUGUUUCCCUCUCCUGUACCUUCUUCAUUAUCAGCAAUAUCAUUUAUUUCUAUUGAUGAGUUAACAAAACUUGAAAAAUCCGAUCCGGUGCAAAGUGCUCCUAUAGUACCAUGUAUAAUUACUGAUCAAACAUCAAGCAGAAGUGAUGAAACUUUUAUCGAAGUAUAUAUUGAAGAAGAUCAAGUGAUACCCAUCGACGAUAUUGAUGGAGAAACACAUCGAAUACUAAAUUCAAUGGCUUCAAACGUAAAUGACCACAUGAAAAGUGAUUUUGGCAAAAAACGAUAUCGACGAAUGAAUUCAAAGUCACCUACUAUUCAGUCUACAACACCAGCAUCGACUAAACGUAAAUUAUUCAACAGUAAGUUGUCCAAUUAUUUGAUAAUCUCCUAUAAUCAUAUUCUAUCGAAAGCCUUGGCUCAUGGAUUCACUUUUAGUGGUUUCAAGAAUAUUCUGCAUUAUUAAAGUUUAUCACAGAGAGCUUUAUAGUGACGCGAUAUGAAUUAUAUGGUAGAUUUCAUUCAAUAGUAUAGAUAGAGAAUAGUUCAAUGGGUUGAUAUUUCGAGACUUUUCCAUAUUUCCAUUUAGCUGUACCGACAGUGUGAGAAUAAAUACACACAAUGAUACGGGUCUUCUAUUACUUCCUUGCUUUAUCAGGUAACAUUAGCUUUCGCUAAAAUUUUUCUUUUGAAUCGAUUCGCUAACAAAUAAAUUUCCAGCAAAAUAUUGACUUUUAAGGAAUUUUCAGCCCUAAAUUCAGUUUGUUUCAUAUGUUUAUAGUAUAUAAUCGGUAUUUUACAAAAUGGUCUGGGUCAUCAUAGUGACAGAGAAGUUUUUAGCCAACAGAGGCGAAUAUUAUCCAGACAGUUUGCAAAGGUUCUCGGACGUGCGUGCAGACGGUUACCAAUAGUGGAAAUACAAAAUCUACCAUUCGUAGUGACUUCCAAGAUUACUUAACUAGACUCGUAUGUAAACGCUCAAAAAAUGUAAAGUUGAAGUGCAUUUUCUGGAAUCUUUGUUUCUCUGAACAGUAGUCAUCGACGAUUUUUGGAAAUUUCAUGUAAAAAGACAUUCGGAAAAUGGUUUGAACUUCUGACAAAGUAAUGUAUACAUGAUGAAAAUCCUAGAAUAGCAAUAAUGCUAUGAAAAGUAUGAAAAUCUAAUACAAUCCAGCAAAACAAAAAAAGAAUGUUAAUUCUUAAAAGCGACAAUGUAUGCAAUUGAACUGGAGAUCUUCGGAAGAAAAAUUGCUGAAAAUAUCUGAAUUUGAUCGUCUACAAGUGAAAUCCCGUAUUUUAUCAUUUUCCCUUGUGAGAAACGAUAGAUUUUUCAAUAGUAUUCUUAAGUCCAUUUAUGUAUAAAUUGAAAGUUAGAAGUCUCAACUAUCGCUAGAAAAAAAAUUUGCUCAUUAAUUUAAAAUCCAAUAGAGAUACUCAAAUUUUAGAUUUUCUUCUGAGGCUACUCGAAGUACAAACCAUAAUACUCCACGUUCAUUGUUGCCCCUGUCUUUUCUAGACGAUGCAAACCACGACUUGGCUAUUGUAUCCCAGGAAAAUCAACAAGUGUACGCAUCAAGCAAUACCGAUCCGGUGACGAUCAAACCUGGUAUUUGUGAGAACGUUAUUCAUGAAUCACGAGUUACUCACUUCUGAUAUGGAACCGAAUUUUUCAAUAUGAACCAUCGUAGUUUUUUUUUGGAUAACUAGUUAGUUAAUUGACUUCGAAUACUUGUACUUUCUAUUCUGAAUCGACAAAUUGAUGUAUGUGGAGAUUAAAAUGAAUAAAAUCUAUCAAAAAAUGAGAGAGUAAUUAGAGUGUAUGCGUAUGUGGAUCAACGACAAACCACAUUAUUCCUUUGAAUUCCUAGAGUUCUGUUAAUAUCGAUUCGCUUACACGGGGGAAUUCUGCACCUGUGGUGAAUUCUAUUUUCUAAAAGGGCUUGAUGUUUUCAUAUUUUUAUUGCAUUCCGAAUUCUUGGAUAUGGUUGUGAUCUAAGGGGUAAAUGGACUUCUAUACUUCUGAAGUGCCUAGAAGUGCCUAGAAGUACAGAGAAGUACAAAGAAGUACAGAAGUUCGCUCCCACCUUGAGUAACUAUAUAUAUACAACUUUGUAUGUAUAAAAAUUCUCAUUUUUUGUUGAAUAACAGAAAAGUCUUUAUGCUGUCGUCUUCUUGGUAGGAUAUGAUUUGAAGAUUCCCAUAAUCUCGAUAAGGUGCUCAAGAAUUAGCUUAACAACUGCAAAUAUAAAGUUGUUCAUCAACCAUCUGUAAAAUAGCAAACAAUGAUUAGAAAUCCGAUGAGAAGUUUUACUGUACCCUCUGUCAAAAACAAUCACCUACCAUCCAUCCUCUAAUAAUUAAAAUCAAGUAAAUUUUCAAUCCUGUCUGAUAUUAAAAAAAGCCAUUUUAAAAUCAUAAUUAUGUAACUAUAUAUUUCUAAUUACCUACUAGACGUUCAUAACACUGAAAACAAAAACGUACCACACGAAACUUCAAAGUCUCCAUAGAGGCAAGGUUUAGUAAAGACCCUUAUUAUUAUUUCUUGAAAAUAGGAUUUGCCGUACGAUUUUCUAAACACAUUCGAUACACUAUUAUUUCGUUUAUUUAUGUCUGUUUGAAGACCCAUUCGAAUCUUACCUUCUAUCUCGUGUAUAUAUUCUAACUAUUUAGCUUUAGCAGUAACUUUUAAGAGUAAUCUUUUUGUUAUUCCCACAGCUCUCUCAACAUUUAUGUCUAUAUUUAACCUUCAUUUUAUACGUUGGAAAAAAAUAGGCACCAUAGUGAACCAUUUUAUUGCAACAAUCUAAAUCCUAAAUAGGUUUCGUGACAUUAAAGAAAAACAUUUUGGAUUUUUCGUAAGUACUUAACUCCAUUAUAGUUCAAUAAGGCAUCGUUUUUUCAAUGUAUAUGUUGCAGGAGAAAUUAAAAUUCAGUAGAAUUUAAAAUUCUACUAGUAGAAAUUAAAAUUUUAAUUUCUACUAGUAUAACU